AUGCAUGACAGCGGUGCACUCACGCCACCGGCCACGCCAACGUCACACUCGAAAAGCGGCUCGCUGUCAUCAGACUUCUUGACAUCUCUAUCAUGUCUCCGACGCGGCGACUCCAUGUCAUCGUCCACCGGUCGACCAUCUCUCGAUGACUCGAUGCGACCUGGCAGUACGGACCUACUGAAGUUUCCACACCACUUGACCGAUUACAGUAUCAAACUAGAUGGCGAGGGCCGGAAGCGCCCUAUCGGAGUCGGCGCAUGGAGCGAUGUCUAUCUGGCCAAACCAAACCUGCCACAGUCGAGAGAUAUACCUGCGGCACCGGCAAUGACGCCUCCACUUACGCCCCGUCAUUCGCGCGGCGCAAGCAAGGACAGCUCAUACUUCCCUUCCAUACCUUCGAUGUACGCCAUUAAAGUUCCCGGCUCGACAAGCGCGAAGAAGGUCCUUGACGCUGAGGCGCGAAUCCUAUCUUACCUGUCGCGCUUCCCCAACGCUGAUCGUCACGUCGUGCCAUUCUUCGGCCAAGAUGUCCGGACAGGCGCGCUUGUACUCAAAGCACUGGACGGCACGUUGGACGACUGGAUCGAGAAGAGCCUUAACAGCCUCGACGAGCCCGCUCGCGCUGCAAAGCUUGCGGCCCUGUUCCCAACUAUUGCGCUGUCACUCAUCGACAGUCUGAUGUGGAUGCAAGAAAAGGACUGCAUACACGCCGACAUCAAACCCUCCAACAUCCUUGUAUCCUCGGCAGCAUCGCAGCUCGACCUCGUCUACUCCGACUUCUCGUCUACCAUCCUCACCACCGUCACAGACGAUAUCGUCACGCCACCUCCCAUGGGCGCUGGUACUUGGGAAUUCCUCGACCCAUCACUACUAAGCUCGUUCAACCCAGCCACACCGUGCGCUGCGACGGAUCUCUGGUCUCUCGGUAUCACACUGCUAUUCUUGAUCCUCGGCACUAGUCCCUACGAUGCCUUCAAAGCAAACAAAUUCCAGCAGCGCGAGAUGAUCAAGUCUGGCAGCCCAUUACAAUGCCUCGGCUACGAUGACCAAGGGAUCCUCAACACGCGCAGACUCAAGCAGUUGAGCAAGACGCUAGACUGGGACGUGUCGAAGUGGCUUGGCAAGGUGCUCGUCAAGAGCAAGGAGAAGCGCGUAAGCGUCGCCGCUUGGAGAGCGGAGCUGGUGCAGCACAUGGCACGUUGA